GAUCCCGCGCACGGCGACCGAGUUCCUAUUCAUAAACAAAGCGCACCUCCACAAUUCUCAUCCCCUCUCAAUUUCUCCCCCAAUCGCUCUCCUAAAACCCUAGAAACCAACCCAAAAAGGCGACACCUUUCCCCUCCCCCACUCAAUGGAGGAGGCCAAGGGCAACGCUGGACCUCCCUCUAGGGUUUUCGUCGCCGCUGCUCCGCCUUCUUCGUCGGCGAGGGAUUCAAAGGAGUCGUUGUCGUCAGCGAAGCGGCAUGUGUACUCGGUCGAAUUGUAUCCGGAGAAGACGACGAUCGUUUCAUGGAAGAAGCUUCUCAAGGAAUCCAACAAGGGGAGUGUGAAUCCUCAUGAUUCAGUUAGCGCUGAUGCGGCUGCGAUUCAGCCUUUAGAAAGUGAAAUACAGGAUGUACAACCCUCUAAUCGUUUCAAUGCCGUAAUUGAGAAGAUUGAGCGCAUGUACAUGGGCGAACAGAGUAGUGAUGGGGAAGAUCUUGAUGAUAUCCCAGAUGAUGAUCAGUAUGAUACUGAAGAUUCAUUCAUUGAUGAUGCUGAAUUGGAUGACUAUUUUCAGGUUGACAAAUUGUCAACCAAACACAAUGGAUAUUUUGUCAACAGAGGGAAGUUGGAACAGAUAAAGCCUAGUUCAUCACCUAUUCAUGAUGAUUUUUCUCACUCCAGUAAACCUAGUUCAUCACCUAAACCAGUGCCAAAGAAAAGAAGAAGAAAAGAUUCAACAAAGCUCAGCAUUGAAACCAGUGACAUGGAUUUCACAAAUGAUAUUGUGGGCACAGAUAAUGUACAGAUAAAUACUACUGCCAGAAGAGCACCUUUGAUGGGAAACAACUUCACAAAUAUAGCUAACAUCCAAACUGUCCACAGUGAACAUUAUAAAGAAAGGAAAAUUUUGAAAAAUAAAUCAAAUACUUUAUCUGGCAGAAUAUCAAAAGAUGCUUCAUCACCAUCUAUGGAACCAAAGAAUCUUGACAAAUACAAAGCAGGAACCCUAGUUUCUAAGGACCUUGCUCACAAAUCAAGAUUGAUAAAUGAAUCAGUUGACAGUGUUUAUCAUGCAUCUCGUGAUAGACCCAUUUCUUCUCAUGUUGAAUCCCAGUCCAGGAAGUCACUGAAUUAUAAAAAUGAAGCAGAACUAUCUACCAAAGUACGGCGGAAGGAAAAAUACGGAACCGAUGGACUUCCCCGUGCAAAUUCUGCUGUGGGUGUACACGCUAUACAAGUGACGCAACCUUCUUCUACACGGGUGAAAGACGGUUCUGCUACACGACCAAAAGGUACCACACUUGAAAAGGCCAUCAACGACUUGGAAAAGAUAGUUGCCUUACACAGACCACCUAACCUUGAUUUUCAAGAAGUGGAUACUUCAGACCGUGGAGCGAAUAGGAGGUUGCCUCAAGAAGUAAAGCAGAAUCUUGCGAAAGUUGCUAGAUUAUCGGCAAGUCAAAAUAAGAUCCCAGAAGAUGUCUUACUCAACCGGCUUAUGGGUAUUGUUGGGCAUAUGGUACAGCGCAAGACGUUGAAGAGAAAUCUGAGAGAGAUCGUUGAGUUAGGUCUUGCAGCAAAUCAAGAGAAAAGUGAUAGAUUUAAACAAAUAAAACAAGAAGUUAAUGAAAUGAUAAGGACACGUGUGUCAUUUAUGAAGUCCAAGAUGUCUGAGCAACAUGAUGGUUCUGCGGAUGAUUUUCAAGAAGUAAAUGGUGGUGAAAGGAAAUCUCUAAGAAGACACAAUAUGGAUAUUGCAUUGGAAGACAAGAUAUGUGAUUUGUAUAAUUUAUUUGUUGAGGGACUAGAUGCAGAUAAGAGUUCUGAAAGAAGGAAACUUUAUGGGGAGCUUGCAGAAUUGUGGCCAAAUGGUUAUAUGGACAGUAAUGGAAUCAAGGAUGCUAUAUACAGAUCAAAGGACCGAAAGAGAACACGAAUUUACAGAGAUAAGGUUCGUGAAGAAGAAAGAAUCAAGAGGAAGAAGCUGGCCGCUGUGGCUAGGAUGGAUGGGCAAAAUUUGAAUACUCAAUUACCAUCUGAGCAAGCGAGACAAGACAAAGAUUCUACUGCUGAAGUACUCUCUCCUCCAGAAAAAGUUACAACCAUUGAACCAUCUUCACUAUUGAGUAAUUCUGGAAACCAUCAUGUAUCCAAGCAUCACGACAAGACUCGCAAGAGUAGCAAAACCGUUGUUGAAAAUGCAAAAAAGAAAGCGAAGAGGAAGCCAGAAUCUGAACUGGGAGAGAUCCAUGUCCAUGCAACAAAACUUCAAUAUCAGGAAAAGGAGAGGCCCAGUUCUCCUAAGGUCACCGAAGCUCCAAACGCAAUUCACCAACCUAAACAAAACAUUCAGAGCUAAUUCCAGGAAUGCUAACUAUAUACUAGAAGUUUAUACUUUUGUGUACUGCAAGGAACAAAAAUGUGGGAUAUUUAGCGACUCAUUUAUCGCAAUUCAUGAUGAUGGAGGCCACAUAUUUGUUUCUUAUAGUACAUGAGUAGUAUAUGGACUAAUACUUGCUAUUAGUUAGCAUUGCUCAAUUCCAUAUGGGGCAUGAGAUUGAAAUUCAUAUUUUUACUGGGUCUAAUUGUUAGUUUAAUCUAUUUAGUUAACAUUGUAAUUGUGAAGCUGAGUAAUAUAUGGUUUCCAUAUGCCCAAGUUCCGACUUUUGUUCUUGUGAGCAAUUGCUGGCAUGAAGAAAAUAUAUCUUUAUUUAUUUACUUAUCUAGUU